AUGUCCGGACUCCUCGCAUUCACAAAGAUCGCCUUCUCGGCACCCCGCCUCGCCCUGGCCAACACCUUGGCCGCCCGCGGCUAUGCCACCAAGAAGCUCUUUAUCGGAAACAUCGCCUGGGGCACUACCGACGACGAGGCCAAGGAGUUCUUUAGCCAGUACGGCACCCUCACCGACGUCUACUUCCCCAAGGAUCCCCAGGGACGCACCAAGGGUUACGGCUUCAUCGAGCUCGACGAGACCGAGGCCGAGAACCUCGUCAAGGAGACCAACGGCAGAGACUUCAACGGCAGAGAGCUCCGUGUCGACCCCGCCAACCCCCGUGAGGAUCGUCCCCCCCGUGAGGACCGCCCUCGUGGAGAGUUCCGUCCCCGUCGUGAGUUCAACAACAGAGAGGGUGGUGACCGUGAGUUCCGUCCCCGCCGUGAGUUCAACAACAACAGGGAUGGUGGCGAGCGUCAGUUCCGUCCCCGUCGUGAGGGCGGUGGUGGUGACCGCCAGUUCCGUCCCCGUCGUGAGGGUGGUGAUCGCCAGUUCCCCCGCGGUGAUGCUCCCGACCGCGAGUAA